AUGGACGAGGAGACGCCGAGCAUCUGCGAGCAGUGUCUGACGGACGCGGACCUGCGCAUGACGCGCGCGGCGCGCGGGGCUGAGUGCAAGAUAUGCACGCUGCCGUUCACGCUGUACCACUUCAAGCCGCCGGGCGCGCCGCGGGUGACCAAGACGCUGGUCUGCCGGCGCUGCGCGGCGCAGCGCAACGUGUGCCAGUGCUGCAUGCUGGACCUGGCGUGGAAGCUGCCGGUGGCGCUGCGCGACGAGCUGGUGUCGCUGGUGCAGGGCUCAGACGAGCGCACGCCGGAGGCGUCCAACGAAAUGGUGCGGCGUUUUUUGGCGUUGCGCGGCGGGCAGUUGGGCGGGGCGCGGCUUACUGCGGACAGCGCGCCGCUGCGGGAGCUGAUGGGCAAGAUGCGCGCGGUGGCGGCGGCCGCGGCCCCGGCCGCCCGCGCGCACGGCGGUCGGGAGGACGCGGGCGAGGUGCCGGAGACGCAGCUGCCGUUCGGGGGCGCGCUGGCCACGCCGGCGUCGCGGUCGUUCUUUAUAUACGGCGUGGACCCGGCGCUGCCCGAGUGGGAGCUUGUGGACGCGGUGUCGCAGCUCGUGCGCACGCCGGACUGGCGGGACGCGGGCUCUGUGUCUGUGGUGGUGCGUCAGGAUGCGCGCUGCGCCGGCAUCCGCUUCCGACGCGAGGAGCUGGCGCAAGCGUUCGUCGCACGCCUGGAGACGCUGCCGGCCGCUGCAGGGGCGCCCAAGGGCGUGCUGCGCAUCCGCCACCUCCGCAUGCACGUGGUUGCGUGGCCGGAGUUCCACCUGGCUGCGUUCGGGGAGACCAAACAGCAGACCGAGGGCAUCGCGCGCCUGGCGACAAAGACAAUGCGCGCUGACGCCGAGGGCGCCAGCCCCGCGCGCCCAGCCGCGCCGGCCUCAGCGGCCGGCAAGGUCGCCAAGAAGGCAGCCGCCCCGAGGCGCCAGGGCCGGCGCGGCCCGCGGCCCACGCUGGAGCUGUGA